AUGAUUCCAACAAUCACAUUUUCCAUCAGAGAAAUCAUUCUUUGGUUGAUGGAUAAUUCAAUUCAAUCGACCACGAAAGAAUUGGAUCAUCCAAAUACAGGGAAGCGAAAAGAAGUCUUUCAAAUGAAAAUGGAUGAGCUUUUUACUAUGAUUAUCAACGAAUUUCUCGACAACAUUGAUUAUGAUAGAAGAAUCUAUUAUUUACAACUUGGAAUCAAUUCUAUGAAUAAUAAAACAAGAUCAAAUUUCCCAAAUCACUUGAUUACAAAUGAAUUUAUUAAAGAAUUAUAUUUCAUAUCAUUCCGUGAACAUGAUACAGAAUUAAGCACAACAGGUUUGAACUUUAUUUACCAAGUUUUUGCUAAAAACGACGAAUUUGAUACAAAUUUGAUCAAAAAUCACCCAGAUAAUUUGAUAGAAAUGAUUAAAACUCAUAUUCAAAAGAGCGUUGGAGAAGAACUAAAGAUGGAAUUCGGAAUUUUAGCAAAUUUAAUCCUCAAAGAUGAAGAAACGGCAGUUUUUAUAAAUGAAAAUUUCCCAAGUGAUUUUAUUUUAGAAUUAUAUGCAGAAAACCUCAAUACAAUGGAUGAAUUUAGCCUUUGGUGCUAUGGAAUGUGUUAUUUGUUAAAUACUAUUGAUGAUUUCAGACCUUAUUACAUUUUCUCUUUUGAACACUUCAGCGAAAACUGUUCUCCUUACGUGGCAUUCAAUUUGCUGCAUGCAAUCUUAGCAGUUACUCAAAAGCAUAUUAAUGUGCUUGAAAUAUCCCCAGAACCUCAAGAAAUUUCUAAAAUAUUGGCUGA